GAAGAAGAAGUGAACGUUGGAGUGACCAAUGUGAAUUACAAUUUACUGUAGUGUAACUCAAGCUUUAAUGCAUUUCUGCACGCAAAGUCUGAACAGUAACGCAGGCUAAAGAAGCUUUGUUUUGUUUCUAGUUUUAUCUCGUCUUUUUUUUUUUACUGGCGCGAGGCAGCGUUUUCUAAUCACGAGGACCCUCUCGUGUGCAGGUGGCUGUGUAAAAGUUUGUUUAUGGUCUCAUCCUCACCUAUGAGUGCCUUGCUAAUCUUUCCACAAGAAGACCCAAGUCACUAAUUAAAACAAAAUGGCUUUCGCAAACUUGUUCACGAGACUUUCUGCUAUUGAAGAAAGUGUCACGAGCCCUGGUCCACCAGCCUUCACACACAGGAACGAGACUGAGAGUGGUAAAAGAGGUAAUACCAGGAAGAGGAAAAAACAGACUGUACCGAUUGGCCCUCAUAACAAGAAGCAACAUUUCCAAGCCCAGACAACCAGGAGUUUUAACGCUACACCCUUCAAAGACGAUGACUCCAGGACCAGACAUCACCACAUGCCUAACACUUAUAGUGAACAUGCACGUGAUGGCAUCACCAAAGAAGUGAUACAUAACCACGGUGGUAAAGCUGGCCAAAAAGGUCAGCAAUACAAAAAUAAAAAUAACUUGAAUGUGAACAAGCAACAGCAGAAAAAGAAGCAGGAGGGGCAGAAGAAUCCGCAUCAACAUAAGGAUAGAUGGAGAAAUACCAAUAGAGGUGGAGGCCAUCAGACUAGACCUGCUUGGAGAAAAGGUGGAGGAGAUGGCAGAAAUAGAAAUGACAAGCAGGAUGUCCAAGUGAAACAUACAAGGACAAUGACGCAGGAGUUCAAGGACCAGAACGCUGUGUUGGUGAAUGGGCGGCUGGUUUGUCGGCAUUUCCUUUAUGGAAGGUGCAUUAAGGAUGCUGAGUGCCAACUGGAACACAUUCAGUGUUACAACGACCUCAUCAAAGAAGCUUGCAAAUUCUACAUCCAAGGAUUCUGCACAAAGGGGGAGAGCUGCCCGUACAUGCAUAAGUCCUUUCCCUGCAAGUUCUUCCACAGAAAAGGAAAUUGUUUUCAAGGAGCAGAUUGCAAGUUUUCCCAUGAUCCACUGAAUGACGUCACCACCCAACUGUUGAAUGAGACAUUAAAACGGGACAAUGACCUCUAUGAACUUUCAAAGAAAGCUGAGCAGGAGUCGUCAGGACCGCCACAGGCCACAGAUCCAGAAACUAUAGAAACAAGUAACACCGCUGAUACACUCCUGCAACCACUCAGGCCCAACUUUUACAACAGCGCAGAAACAAAAGCUGAGAAGGAAACCUUGGUAUGUGAGACUGAAGAACCGGCUGAUAUCCUGGAGGAGGCUGUCUCACCACAUGCAUCAGAUACAGCAGAACCCCACAUCCCCCUGUCCAGUAAACAUGAUGAUGAGGAGCCAGUUUGUUAUUCAGUUGCAGCAGUGCUUGGACCUCAACUUUCCAAACCUUUCCCUAGUUUGUUUGGAAGUCUAGAAGCUCAAGAAUCUGGCCCCCUGUCUUCUUCUGAAGUCACGUCAGGCUCUGCAGCCCAAAGCGAAGUUCCCUACUCUGUGGAUGCUGUUCUCAGGUCUUAUAAAUCAGUGGAAAAUUCUACAUUUGGCCACAGACCUACCCCUCCUACUGCACUAACUGUAUCCUAUACCCCAAAAACUGACUUUAAAGAGAUCACUGACUUGCAUUCUGUAAAUACAAGACAUGAAGUGAACAAAUCCCAGGAAAAAACAUCCAAGAGCCUGCCAUCCCUCCAAGUGCACACGGGCCCAAGACCUACUCAGCCCUUUAAGGAUUACAAGAAACCUGGUGGCAAUACGGCAGAAUCCCUGAAGCCUGCUCAAAGAAGUGCUGAUGAAGUCAAGUCGGAGUCCGCAUCCUCUGAAAGCAAAGGAGAUAUGAAAGGAAGCAUGAACCUACCUGUGGAUAUUACUGUAAACUGUAAAGGUGAAGGUGUUCCUCCUUUGGGACGCACUAAUCAGACAUCUACUUCCAAACAUCCUGCACAGUUGAGGCCACAUCUCUCUGUUCUGACACUGGGCCCACAAGCCUCAAUAAAGCCAUUUAAUCCAUUUUCAAGUUUGCCAGAGUUCAAAGGUGGAGCUGUUGUUCCUGUUGAAACCGUCACCAGCUCCUUUGAGACAUGUGAUUCUGCAAACUCUGCCAGUCACCAUUUUGCAGCUAAAAAUCCCACCAAGGUCCAUCUGGACUCCAAAAAGACACAGUCUGGCCUCAAACAUGGUGCACAACAUCAUUCAACUGAAAUCGCAGCACAAAGCAGCAGCAAAAUGACACAUUGUGGUGAUUUCGCAGUCCGCCGUAAAACUCCCCUGAAAACACCCUUUCGUAGCCUUUUUGCAAGCCCCAUUACUGACACUCUGCAGCCUAAACACGAUGCUAUAUCAAGUCCCUCUUGUCUUAAAUCCUUCUGUCCUGCUCCACGGUCUGCAGAUGUCAGAAGUAAUCGUGUCAAAAAUGUGGUUGAACCUGACAGAGCCUCCACCAGCUCCUUCCUCAGCCUUUUUGCGGCCCCUCUCAGUGCUCCUCCUCUCUCAAGCAAGCAGACGCAACCAGAUGAUUCAAGGACUUCCUCCUGUUCUCAGAAGUCAAACCAGUCAGUUGAUAACACAUCUCAUUUAUCAAACUCCAAACGAAGGGCUUCUAAUUUAAAGACACCUCUCCUACGUCAGGGUAGAACUGAUGUCAAAGGAAUCUCUCAUUCGCCAAGAUCCCAUGAUGUCUACUCCAAUCCUAAAACGGAGAAUGAAGACAGUUCAGCUAAACAUAUGAAUAAACCUACAAAGCAGCUGGUGAAUCCUGUCUCCAGCUGUGCGUCUGAUUCUCUCAGUGAGACGUCAACCAGUCCAACUCCUUGUGAUGACGGUCCACCUGCAGCCCACGCUAAUCAGCAGCAGCCCGACGUCUCAUCCCACAAAGGAUCUGAAAAGGCAGCCGCUGCAAAUUCAGUCCUCAAGAGUCUCUUUCUGUCCCUGAGCCCGUACCAACAGGACUGAGAGCAUCAGGACAGUAUUCACAUCAGUGACCCUUCAGAAAGUGAGAAGAAGGACAAAAGCAGCACAGGGUGUGUCUUUGUGAAGCAGCAGCAGAAGAGUAAUUAUAAGAAAAGUAUAAAAGAAGAAGCUCAAGACUCAACAUUUCCAGCCCAACAGUCCAGUGAGAAAACAGUUGCACACUCAGCAGAGCACCAGCCCUCUCUUCAGACUCUGUAUAUCUACACAAAGACUCCACAAAGGAAACAGGCGGCUCCACCCUCAACAGUCCAGGAAAGACUGAACCUCAAGUGAGAAACUCCGGCACACACAACUUGCUGUGCAAACCAGUGGAUUCUGCUGAUACAGAAUCAAAGUAGAUCAAUGGGAAUGUGGUGGCCACACCACUCAAGGACCUUUUUAACACUUCAGACACCACCGUUUCCCACUUCAGACAUUAAAUUGUAUUACUUUUAGAUUAAAUCACACUAAUAAUCUUGAUUAAUUUUUGCCUUGGGGCCAGUUAAGAUAUGAAGGUGUCCCUAUUUAAAUCUAUUUAAAAAUCUAUUUAAAAUCGA